AUGGCUGAACAAGAGCAAGAGAGCGCCCGAGUUAGAGCAGAGCUAGAUGAAAUCAAAGGGGGCAUGUCCCAGAUGAGAGAGAUGUUGCAAGCUUUAACCUUCAGAUUUGAGGCUCCGCAAGCAACCGUGAUUUCAGAGAUCACGGGCCCAGCAGUCGAAGUCCAACUUCAGAGGGCGUUACCUUCAACCCUUCCUCCAUAUGGGUUACCUUACGAAUUCAUCCCUCGAGAAGAAGUAGUGCAUGACAUGGGGAAAUCUAUCCAACAAGUUGUGCCAUUACCGGUUUACAACGAUGCACGCCCAGUCGUCCACACCAUUGCUCCACCAGCUGCCUAUGCUAGGCACAUUCUGCACUUUGAAGAUCAACAUCACAUGUAUCAGACUGUCAACUCAACCGCUAGUGGUGCUGAAGUAAGGUUUGAAGAUCUCAGAGAAGUGAAGGAGAACAUGCAACUCCUUGAGAAUAAGUUCCGAGCAUUAAAAGGAGACCACGUCUUUGGAUCUGCUGCCAAAGAAAUGUGCCUUGUAUCUGGGUUGGUGAUUUCGGCCAAAUUCAAAACUCCAGACUUCGACAAAUACAAGGGGCAUACUUGCCCAAAGAUCCAUCUCAUCAUGUAUUACCGUAAAAUAGCUGCUCAUGUGGAAGACGACAAGUUGAUGAUCCACUGUUUUCAAGAUAGCUUGAGUGGGGCUCCUUCCAAAAGACAGUUACAAAGCAUGUUCCAACAUGACAAAGAGUCCUUUAAGGAAUAUGCUCAGAGAUUGAGGGAACUGGCUUCUCAAGUUGAACCACCACUAGCCGAGAAGGAAUUGGCUGAACUACUCAUCGACACUGUCCAACUCCAAUUUUAUGAGAAGAUGGUCGGAAGUGCUUCCUUGGGAUUCUCCGAGCUUGUUGCUAUACGGGCUCGUGUCGAAUAUGGUUUAAGAAAUGGAAAACUUACGGCUGUGGCUGGAACUUCAAGUCCUAAUCCGAAGAAGUUCUCUGGAGGGUUUCCCAUGAAGAAGGAAGGUGAAACAAAUGAUGUGACUAUUGGCCAAGGAAGAUCCCCUCCAAGAAGGAUACAACAACAAUAUUCAUCACAACAGUAUGUUCACCAACCAUUUCCCUAUCAGCAGCCCAUGUAUCCCGUUCAGUAUGCCCUGCAACCAUACGUAGCUGCUGUGACGCCCACCUUCAAUCAACAACCUGCUCAGGCUUAUCAAGUGCCUCCGGUUUAUCGACCAACUCCGGUGCAACAACGCGUUGUGGUUCCUUCAGUUUAUCAACAAGCACGGUAG